CUCAGUUCAUCGGAUUCGCAGUACCAUUUGCAAUUCCAAGUGCAGAGGUGUUAGAUGCAAGCUCUUUAAUCAGCCGGAAGAUGAGAAUUUUCCUGGGAUAUUUUCUUUAUUUACUGCUGGUGCUGUCGCCGUCAUUAGUGCAAGGUCAAGGUCAUGUGCUGGACAAACCCGUAACAGAGAUGUGCCUCACCUGCAUUUGUGAGGCCAUCAGCGGUUGCAAUGCCACCGCGAUUUGCACCAGUCCGGAAAAGGGGGCCUGCGGCAUUUUCCGCAUCACCUGGGCCUACUGGGUGGAUGCGGGAAAGCUGACUAUUAAUGGGGACCAACCCGACUCGGAAAAGGCCUUUAUCAACUGUGCUAACGAUCCGCACUGCGCCGCUGAUUCGGUGCAGAACUACAUGAAGAAGUUCAAUCAGGACUGCAAUGAUGAUGGUGAGAUGGAUUGCCUUGAUUAUGCCAAAAUCCACAAACUGGGGGCCUAUGGCUGUCAAGCGGACCCGCCUUAUAAAUUCCAGACGGCGUUCGAAAAUUGCAUCGAGAAAUUCGAAGAUGAGGGAUUUAAAUAAAC